AUCGCUGCAUUCAAUUGCUGAACUGAAGCAUAAAAUUCAAAGUAUUGUUUGGAAAGAACAAGAAAUUAAUCCUGAAAAAGUAUGGUCGAACAAGAACUCUAAAAUACAAAGCAUAAAUAGACUGAAUGCUGGAGCUGAGUGCACUUUACGGCGACGCCUUUCGUUCGACAAGAUGAAGAUAGUGGUUGUAGUAUUGCUUGGUGGAUUCCUCCUUGUAGGAUCCAGUCCCGUCCAUCGUAAUGCAGAUGACCGGCGACAGAAAAGAGGACAGGAUAAAGACAUACUAGGAAAAAUCAUUGAUGUCAAUCAAAAAAUUAUUGAUCAAGUGUUUGAAGGAGACAUUGUUUUGACGUCAAAUGACAAAGGACGAGUGGAUCAGAGCACAACUGGGGAUGUAGACGGACCGCUCUCAGAUUCUCCUUACAAACGAAACGCUCGACGCUCAAGGCUUUCACUUUGGAAAUCUAAAACAGUUCCAUUCGAGAUCGAUUCUGCUAUGCCCAGCGAAUAUACGACGGUCAUAACUGCUGCCAUGUCUGAAAUGGAAAAACUGACUUGCUUACAAUUUAUACCCGUCUCUAAUGAAAGAAACUGGAUCAAGUUCGUCCAUAAAACUGGAUGCUGGUCGUUUGUAGGGAUGUUAUAUUACAGAAGUGGAAGUCAAGAAGUCUCAAUUGGUCCAAGAUGCAACCGUAAAGGUGUGAUCUUGCACGAGUUGCUCCAUGCUUUAGGAUUUUGGCACGAGCAAUCCAGACCUGACCGAAACCAAUACGUUGAAGUGUUUUGGGAAAAUAUCGAGGAAGGAAAGGAAAACAACUUCAACAAAUACAAACACGGAGAAAUUGAUUCAUUGAAGCAAACCUACGAUUUAAAAAGUAUCAUGCACUAUGGUAAAUACUACUUCAGUAAGAAUGGUAAACCAACAAUACAAGGAAUUGGUCCAAACAAAGAUGCAACUCUUGGUCAAAGGGAUGGAUUUACCAAAACUGACAUCUUUGAGAUCAACGCUUUGUACGACUGUUCAGGGCCAAAUGGUGGUUGGAGUUCAUGGAGUGAUUUUGGGCCUUGUGAUUCUAAAUGCGAGAAAGUACGAGAGAGAUUCUGUGCUUCAUCUGACAGGUCUGCUUGCUCUGGAGCUGAUGACUAUGGAAUAGGAAGAGACAAAAUCAAGUGUUCUGACGCAGAGUGCUAUGCUCCAGUAGAUGGUCACUGGGGGCGAUGGUCAUCAUGGGGUCAGUGUGACGUGAAUUGUGGAUUUGGAAACCAAACAAGAACACGCGUUUGUGAUGAUCCUUCACCCAAAAAURGCGGCAAAGAUUGUGUUGGAGAKGRSAAGCAARCAAAKACAUGUUUCACAAAGACAUGUGGACUAGGUGCAAACGACUGUGAGUUCGAGGAAGAUAUGUGCUUUUGGAGUCAGAAAAAUCAGAAAAACUCCUACAAAUGGGAUAGAAUUGCAGGAUCGACAGCAAGCCCAARCACUGGACCGACUGGAGAUGCAACGCCCAUCCUCGGUGGCAAAGGUCAUUACGUUUAUGCCGAGGCUUCUGAUCCAGUAAAACCAGGUCAAGUAGCCAAACUUCAAAGUAAGGAGUUUGCUCCUUCUCCAGAUAAGCGAUGUCUUCAGUUUUCAUACAAUAUGUACGGAGGGAAUGUUAAUGCUCUUAACGUGUACAUCAUUGACACAAAAACUGGAAAUCAGACAAAGAUAUUUUCAAAGUAUGGUAACCAAGGGCAAGGAUGGCAUAGAACUAAGGCAACGUUUACAAGUAACGAUCCAUAUAAGAUUUCA